AGAGAUUUUUAUGAUUUUUUUGCAAUAUAAAGUGUAUUUUUGCUGCCCCUUUUGAUGAAUUAGUCCAAUUUGUAGGUGUUUUUUUUACUCAAUUGUAAUCUAUUUUGCUUAUCAAGUUUAUUAAUUGAUAAUGUACUCUGUACUUAUAAGUAUAAAAAGUAAAAAGGGGAGACUUUUAUGAUCUUUUUUCAUUGUCAAGUGUAUAUCUACUGCCCCUUUUGAUGAAUUAGUCCAAAUUGUACUUGGGUUGGAAAAAAAAAAAGAAAAGAUUUUUAUGAUUCUUUUUUCAAAAUUAAGUGUAUUUUUGCUGCCCCUUUUGAUGAAUUAGUCUAACUUGUACUUGUGUUAGAAAAAAAAGGAGAGAUUUUAAUGAUCUUUUUGCAAUAUUAAGUGUAUUUUUACUGCCCCUUUUGAUGAAUUAGUCCAAAUUGUACUUGUGUUAGGAAAAAAAAAGGAGAGAUUUUUAUGAUCUUUUUUUCAAUAUUAAGUGUAUUUUUGCUGCCCCUUUUGAUGAAUUAGUCCAAAUUGUACUUGUGUUAGAGAAAAAAAGGAGAGAUUUUUAUGAUCUUUUUGCAAUAUUAAGUGCAUUUCUACUGCCCCUUUUGAUGAAUUUGUCCAAAUUGUACUUGUGUUAAGAAAAGAGGACAAUUUCUUAUGAUCUUUUUGCAAUAUUAAGUGUAUUUUGACUGCCCCUUUUGAUGAAUUAGUCCAAAUUGUACUUGUGUUAGAAAAAAGAGAGAUUUUAAUGAUCUUUUUGCAAUAUCAAGUGUAUUUUUGCUGCCCCUUCUCAAUUUUCCAGUAUGAAGUGUGUGUUUCUACUGUCCCUUUUAAUGAAUUAGUCCAAUUUCUAUUUCGGUUCUUGAAGGGGUACGAUUGUCGGGGUUUCCAUCUGCUAUACAAUCCACAUUGCCAAGUAGGUGGUAAUUCAAGACUGCUGGUCACUAGAUGUAUCUCAGAAAAGUUCUCGGAACCGCUUGGGCCUAGUGACUCUGAAUCACUUGAGAAUCUGAAACAAAAAGAGAACACCUUUUGGACAAUUUUGAAGGGAGCUAACUCUUUUCUGCCCCAUGUGGUUCUUGCUAGCACAAUUUUGGCUCUUAUCUAUCCACCUUCAUUUACUUGGUUCACCAGCAGGUACUAUGCCCCUGCAUUAGGAUUUUUAAUGUUUGCUGUUGGAGUCAACUCAAGUGAAAAGGACUUUCUUGAAGCUUUCAAGAAACCUGCUGCCAUUUUUGCUGGUUAUAUCGGUCAAUUUGCUCUGAAGCCACUACUCGGGUAUCUUAUUGGCACAGUUGCAAUGACCUUAUUUGGGCUUCCAACUUCCUUAGCUGCAGGGAUUAUGUUGACCUCCUGUGUUAGCGGAGCACAGCUGUCAAACUAUGCUACUUUUCUAACCGAUCCACAAAUGGCCCCUCUUAGUAUAGUGAUGACAGCGUUAUCUACAGCUACUGCUGUUUUUAUCACCCCGAUUUUAACGUUAUUGCUUAUUGGUAAAAAGUUGCCUGUGGAUGUUAAGGGAAUGAUUUCCAACAUACUGCAAAUUGUUGUUGCACCCGUUGCUGGUGGACUGCUUCUGAAUAGAUUCUUCCCGCAUAUUUGCAAUGCUAUUCGGCCGUUGUUGCCUCCCCUAUCGGUUUUCGUGACUGCUCUCUGUGUUGGAGCUCCACUUGCUAUUAACAUAAAUUCCCUCGUGUCCCCUUCAGGAAUGUCUGUUUUGUUCCUUGUGAUUGCAUUUCAUUUGUCAGCAUUCUUCUUGGGUUAUCUACUUUCCGGCCUAGCCUUCCACAAAACGCCAGACGUCAAAGCUCUACAAAGAACACUGUCAUAUGAAACAGGCAUGCAGAGCAGCCUUUUGGCCCUUGCUCUUGCAAAUAAGUUUUUCCAAGAUCCUCUUGUUGGUGUCCCUCCAGCUAUAUCAGUUGUGAUCAUGUCAUUAAUGGGCUUCUCACUAGUGAUGUUGUGGACUAAGAAGAAAGAAACUGUCAUGGAGUGAUAUACAGUUUGUGAUCAUAUCAUUAAUGGACUUCUCACUAGUGAUGUUGUGGACUAGGAAGAAAGAAACUGUCAUGGAGUGAUAUAACAUAUUAAGCAGCUAACAGAGACGUAAACAGUAUCGAUCGAGUUUCAAACUGUGCAGCAACUGGUCCUCGGGAAUUUCUCGUUGUUCAGAAAAGGGGGAUCGUAAACAAAUUACUGUCCUGACAGUGCUAAGUGGUGUCAAGAACCAUGUUGUACAGCUUAAAGGAUGUAUUUAUUUUUUCUUCUAGUUACUCCAUCUGUAGUUUUUUCACGAAGAAAGAAAACCUGCCACUCAUAAGCAGUGGCCAAACUAAAUUAGUUUAUGAAUUUUGGAUCACAUUUUUUUGUUUACUGGAUUCUGAAUAUAGUAUUAUUUUUAUAUAUAAAAUAAUUCUCUAAUACAAAUAUAA